AUGGAGACAACGGCCGAGCAGCGGGUGCAGUUCGAGCAGUGGUUGAGCCAGAAUCUUGUCCAGCCUCCUGCCCGCCGCACUGUCCGCCACCCCGGCCAGCUCUCCAUCCAACAGGUCCGAGAGUGCUACCGCAUCGCCGAGGCCUGCCUCCAGGCUCACGACGAGGAGGCCCAGCCCUCUCCCGCCGUGCUCGAGCUCUUCCUCAGCAGAGUCUUUCACGGCUGGUCGUCGGAGCAUGAAGCUCUGCCCUCCAACCCUUAUGUCUAUCCCGCCCUCGAGCACGGCCUGGUCGCCCGCAGCCGGAACCCAGUUGCCGUUCUUGGUCCGAACAAGGAAAGGCCCCUCUUCCUAUCGGUUUCGAUCAUGACGGAGGACAAGUCCUGCGUAGUCGGCCUCAGAGACGUCAUGGACCGACCCGUCCUCAAUGCAGAAGCCGAGAACGUCGUGUGGCGAUGCAAAGGGAGCCUCGCUCUCGAGUACCGCGAAACGUUUGGGAAAGUGCUUCGCCAGAUCGACGAAAACUUCCAGCGGUACAACCAGGGCCGUGCUAUCGACGACGCUCGCCACUUCAUCUCAGCAAGCGCCAAGGGGCAGAACACCGAGGGGCACAGGGACCGCAAGUACCGGUAUGCUAGCACCUAG